CGGACUCAUACUUGCACAAGUGCUCAGUGUGUUCCCAGCAUUGGUCGGUGCGGCACACGGCCAGCCUGUCGUAGCGGUCCCCUAAAGAAUCUAAAAUUGUCUGAGAUAAAGCGCGUGGAAGGAUUUAUAAUCGCAAGAAACACAAAAGCGGUUGCAUUGGUAACAGAUGCGACGAUGAUCUGCGCCAGAAGUUCGGUUAUGCUCUUGAAGACGCUCAUUUCCCUGUUGCUUCUCACAGCGUCUGGGUUAGCUCAAGGCACAGGGCAGCGCCUGAUACUCGACAGUCAGUACGAUGUGAACGAGUGGCCUCACGCGGACGAAGAACGUCCCACGAAUGUGUCGGUACAGAUGUUCAUCAAUUCGUUCGGGUCGCUCAACGCCGCCAACAUGGAUUAUACGGUUGAUGUAUUCUUACGGCAACGAUGGAACGACCCUCGGCUCGUCAACGCAGUCAACCAAAAGGACAUGAUUACCAUCACGAGCAGUGAGUUGCAGAGCAAAAUCUGGAAGCCGGACACUUUCUUCAACAACGUGAAGGACGCGGAGCUUCACACUGUCACGAUGCCCAACAUAUUGUUAAGGAUACAAAACAACGGAGAUGUUUUGUAUAGCAUCAGACUCACGCUCACGCUCUCCUGCCACAUGGACCUUGAACUCUUUCCCUUUGACGACCAGAAGUGUUACAUUGCCCUCGCUUCCUACGCCAACACGGAAGACGUCAUUGACUAUGAGUGGGCGAGCGUGAAUCCCAUCGAUCUGCCUGACCAGCUAGAGAUCGCCCAGUUUGACCUCCUCAACUUCACUUGCAAGGACACAACCCAAGUCUUCACAACAGGUAACUUUAGCGGUUUGUUGGUCUAUUUCAACUUGCGUCGCCAAAAUGGCUACCACGUCCUCCAGACCUACGUGCCCACCAUCCUCAUCGUGUCCAUUUCAUGGGUGUCCUUCUGGUUGGACCCGAACGCCGUGCCCGGGAGAGUGUCCCUCGGUGUCACCACUCUGCUCACCCUCACCACCCUCGCCUCAGGCAUCAGGGCAUCCCUGCCGCCUGUGUCUUAUGUCAAGGCCAUCGAUGUGUGGAUCGGCACUUGUAUGAUCAUGGUAUUUGGAGCACUGCUGGAAUUCACUCUGGUCAACUGGCUUGCCAAUAAGAAGAUUAUAAAUCACUCACAAACCAUGUUCAAGAUACCCAGACUGCUGGCCGGAUCAGAUUACGGAGAGGUGAGCUUUGAAGGACGGGGCAAUACGCAAGGACAAGAGAGACUCACUCGUAGAACGAAGGCGCAGGAGGAGGAGCCGCCCGCAGCCGCCAGCCCCAAGACGUACAUUACCUAUGCCCGCGCCCUGGACCGCCUGUGCCGCGUCCUCUUCCCCGGGGGCUUCCUCAUCUUUAACUUGGUCUACUGGCCCUACUACCUUGUGCACCAAUACAUGGCACUGCCGCAGAGCCUGGUCUAGACUCGCGAGAAACAAAAUCCUGUUGCUGUCCCGACCGCCAUUGAUCUGUAGGACUGUUCUAUUUGUGUGGUGUGUAUUGGGCAAAUGUUUCUUCUUUAUCGUUUAAGAGUAAGGAAUAUUUGACAUUAACAAUGAUUCUAGUAUUGUUGGUUUUGUUGUGAUGUUUUUUUUCCCUAUCAUCAGUUCUGUUUUGGUAAAUUUCUACAAUAUCUAAUAUUGUUUCAAUGUUUUUGCAUAUGCUGUAGCAUUCUGGUAAUAUAAAUACCAGACAAAGCACCAUAUUAUGCUAACACUGUGAAAAUUUUAGAUUUCAGAUUUACUAUGAGUUGACACAACGGCUUCAUUCAUAAAGUACUUUAAUAAGAUCAUCGCAAUAAGAUUUAUGCAGUGUCAUGUUGACACUAGAAUACGGGUUGCGAUUAUCAUGUGAUACCUUUCUUGUAAUACUAUGAGAUAAUCAGUAUACUUUUUUCUGAAGUCAUUGUUGUAUUAUUAGAACUAUUUCUGAACAGAUCUCGAGUUUUUUUUCAUGCUGGUAAGCGUUUGCUUAUUGCACAGAGGGCGCAAAAAGCCAAUGGCAACUUUUGUUUAGUAAAGAUUGUAUACAAAUAAUGCAUGUAUGAAAGAAGGUAACACGCGUAUGGAAUGCAUUUUUCUGUUGUUCGGAACUCAUGCCGCCUACAGUGGUUUUUAACCUAGGGGGCGUAAGUAAUUCCCAAGGCAGAUGCGAGUCCUCAGGGAAAAUUAAGAAUGUCUGUGGUUGUAUUUGUUAUUCCCUUAACAAGAGCGUUGGCUAACUUUGAAUUUCUAUAAGAUGCAAAAGCAUCGCCUUUACUAACUUUAGUUUGGAUAGUCUACUUAGGUGUACCCUUCCCUGUUCCCUCAAAACCCUAGGGGGGGAUUUUAUCUAAAGAUGCAGGCCGGGCGUGGAUACAAGAACAAUUCUUAGAGGGGGCAUGGCAGUAAAGAGAUUGAGAACCACAGGUUUGUGUACUAGUAUUGUUACAGCCCAAGCUUCAAUAAAAAUGAAUGACCAA